CCAGUUUAAUUUAUUUUGCCGACUCUUCCUGACUUAGUUGAUAUUCUAAAAAUAUAAAUAAAUCGAAAUAGAAUGUUAUACGGAAUUUUAAGUCUGUGCUGGAUUCCGUUAGCGGGAUUUGUUUCAUUUUUGGUCAUUUUAUCUGCUAUCAACAAAUCUAUUGGAGUGCGCAGGGCAUACGUUAAACUCCUUCUUAGGAUAUUUGAGUAUGGCCGUAACAGCAUAGAGUCGGCAUCAAAUGAAAAUCAGAAGAGCCCGAAUGAUAAGGGCGAAGAUCAAAAUUCACAGGUGGAGUUGGUGAAUGGAUUAGACGCAAAAGAACCAACAACUGGAGCAGUCCUUAUCAACCGGGAUGCUGUUCUGCUACCCCAGCCUCAAGAGCUCAAUCAUGAUAAACCAACUUCAAUAAAAAAGGAGGAAAUAAACUUCGAUUUUGAAAAUUGCUUAGAUUAUGUGAAAGCUGGAGUCGAAGCUAUUAUCGAAGAUGAUGUUACCUCAAGAUUUCAGGCUGAAGAGCUGAAGAACUGGAACAUGCUGACGCGAACAAAUCGACACUAUGAAUUUAUAUCAUGGAAAAUAACAUUGAUAUGGGUGGUUGGAUUUGCAGUGCGAUAUAGUAUAUUGAUGCCAUUGCGCGUAUUCGUUUGCUUUGUCGGAGUUGUAUUUGCAGUUCUUUCUAAUGCAUUUGUGGCCCUAAUACCCUAUCGAUUCUUGCGGCGCCCCUUAGCGGAUUUAUGUUUUAAAAUAACCUUCCGUCUCAUAGCAAGCUCUUUGUCAGCAGUUAUAACAUUUCACAAUAAGCAAUAUAAGCCCACAGCUACUGGGUUUUGCGUAGCCAAUCAUACCACGCCCUUUGACGUCGCAAUGCUCUCUACAGAUUGUACAUUUUCCUUGGUGAGAUAGAAGAUUUUUACCUUUCAUUUCA